UUCAAUAAGUCGUUUUGCAGUGACUAUUUAAAAAACUUAUUCUGUGCAUAUGUCUCUCAUAAAAAUACAAAUAUAGGGUGUGUAAUAGUAGGAGAGUAGUAGUAAUAUAAUAACAUCAAUCGUAACAAUAGGAUAAAGUCAAAGUAAUAGAAAAUAGGCUUGUGAUCGUUUAAUCUUGAAUCGAGUAGUGUAUUACGAAAAUAGAAAAAAAGAAAGAGAAAAAAACUGGGAAAAGAAGGGACAAAUAAAUGGUCUAAUGUGCGACGAAUUAUUCGAAUUAGAUGUUACACACUAACACAUUCAUAAGUAGAAGAAAUUAUGGUGUUAGCUACGGAAUGUUACCGAAGUUUCUUUGCCCUAUGAGUUCGACCAAGGCUACGUGAUCAUCCUGGUCUAGGCGGGGUCACCGAUAACUAUAGACCGAGUCGGUCUUCUUCCAUUCAUAAUUAAAGAAUAGUCCAGGCAACGAGGUCGACCACAGUCCUAAGUGAUCACUUCUAUGAUCGAUUCUUCUAUUUUUUUAUUUUUCCUAUUUUUUUGUUUUCUCUUAACUUUUACUUUCUUUUUUAAUAUUAAUUUAUAUUGAUCAAUUAUCGAACAAUUACGUGAACAUUCCUUAGUGAAAGUGAGAAAAUAACAUGAAAAGAAAAAUAUAAUGAAUUAAAUCGAUAUUUUGAAGAAAAGAGAUUUUGUGUUGAGAGCUAGAUUUGGUUUCGUAAAGAAACUUAAACCAAAUCGUAGAUAUCAAUCAAGUUUUUAUUCUUCGAUUCUCUCUGAUUGGUUCUUCUUAGCAUGUAUCAUCGGAUGAUGUACGAACAUUUGAAGUAAAGAUGAAUAAUUAAUAAAAUAGAAUGAAAGAAGAUAUAUUUAAAUAAUUUCAUCGAAGUUUAAAAAAAGAUGUGAAACAACUGAUGUUGAAGGACUUGUUUUCUUCCAUAAACAUAAGUUAAAUUAUGGAGACCAGCCAAAUUCUUAUUCCAAUAAUCGAUGAUAUAGAACUUCGUUAUUAGGAUGACUAUCAAUUACUAUAAGUCAACAAGAAUCUAAAUUUUUGGCCAAUGGUAUUGUCGUCAACCGAUAGAUGAUAGUCUUCCUGAUUUUAAAAUGGGUGAUAGCACGCUAACUCUCGAAGAUGAAACUCAGAACGCUCACAGUAGAAGAUCAAGCACCGUAGGUGACGCUCCACAAAACCUUUCCGAGCUGAGCAUUGGUGAAUCGCAUUUGAGUGAAGCUACAAAAUCGAUUGGGUCUGCUGAUGUAUCAUCGCAUACGUCAACGAGAUCUACACCAGGUACAAGUAACAAAUCACGAAGCAUCGUUUCAAGUACAUCUUCGAGUAAGACCAAGACACCAACAACAACAACUUGGCACCGUUCGAGUAGGGAAACUCUUUACGAGCCAGAUAAGAACGGUAUUCAGCAAUAUCCUUCUAUCGCCACGGAGAAUCCAUCGAAACCUGGAUCGCCGAAAAUUUCUAAGAAAGGAUCAGCCAAAACUAACGUUUUUUCUUCUGGGACCAAUGUGACGGCACGUGAUGCGUUUGGUCCUAAACUUACGGCCCCAGAAUCAUCGGAAAGUAGUCCAUCGUUACCGAACACGCCAUUGCCUUCGGAUUUUGAUGAAACCGCGAAGGAAACUUUAUCGCAAAAAGGUUCAUCAACUGAAAAUGAAAUCGAUACUGACACGUUAUACUUUCGCGAUGGUCGAAGACGAAUCGAUAUGGUGCUCGUUUAUCGAGAAGAAAAUGAAGGUGUCCUGACAGAAUUAGAAACAAAAAGGAGAGAACAAAGACGGGUGUUUCAACAAAAUCUUUUAACUGAGGGUUUGCAACUCGAAUUAGAACCGAAAGAAAAUUCAUUCGAUAGGAAAACAUUCUUUCUCAAACUUCAUAUACCAUGGAAAAUAAAAGUACAAUAUGCCGAAGUUAUGAAUUUGAAGUUACCUACCAAAAGAUUUAUCACUAUCUCUGUUAAAGCUUGGGGUACAGAUGGUACAAAAGGAAGGCCCAAAUUUUGGGAAAAAUUGUUAAAGUUGAUUAGUUGGAUACAAAAACUUCAUCACUGGGAUACCAAUCAAUAUCCCGAAGAACCUAGUUUUUACGACAGCGUUGAUUCUGGUGAUCGUGAGGAAAGAUUCGUUGUAAAAGAUCGAGGUACCGCGUACACCCCAGCCCAAAGAUCAUUAAUAGUGAUGCAAAUAUUAUUGCGUGCAAGAUACGACGAAACACAUGAAAAAGCUGGGAUUCGUAGACUUUUAGCAGACGGCACUUAUCUUGAUUGUUAUCCCUUGCACGAAGGUUCAUAUGACAAACCAGAAGAUAAUGGGGAAAUUUUAGAUCGACAUUUACUUUAUUUGAUAUGGGCUAGUCCUAUGCAAUGGUUUAAAAAACAACCAUUGUGGUUGAUAAGACGAUACUUUGGUGAAAAAGUAGCCUUGUAUUUCGCUUGGUUAGGUUUUUACACGGAAUGUUUGGUUGCACCAGCUGUGGUUGGUUUUCUAUGUUUCAUAUACGGUCUAGGAAGUAUGGAAGGAGCCGAUAAUAUUCCUAGCAAAGAAAUAUGUGAUGAUAAAAUAGCUGGAAAUAUCACGUUGUGUCCGUUGUGUGAUAAAGCUUGUAGAUAUCGAAAGCUUGGCGACUCUUGUAUAUUUUCUAAACUAACUUAUUUAUUCGAUAAUCCUGCGACUGUUUUCUUCGCCAUUUUUAUGUCUUUUUGGGCAACGACAUUCUUAGAAUUAUGGAAAAGACGUCAAGCCGUAAUAGUUUGGGAAUGGGAUCUUCAAAACGCGGAAGAAGAUGAGGAACCUAGGCCCGAAUUCGAAUCAUCGGUGAAAACAUUCCGCAUUAAUCCAGUUACCAGAGAACGCGAACCAUAUUUACCAGCAUGGUCGAAAGCCAUGCGAUUUUGUGCGACCGGUUCUCUCGUAUUUUUUAUGAUAUGUGUUGUCCUUGGAGCAGUCUUAGGUACAAUAAUAUAUCGAAUAUCACUCGUUUCCGUAUUUUAUGGCGGUGGUGAAACUUUCUUACAAAAACAUGCUAAGAUAUUUACAUCGAUGACAGCAGCCUUGAUUAAUUUAGUGAUAAUUAUGAUACUCACUCGUAUAUAUCACCGAUUGGCUAUGUGGAUGGUUAACAUGGAAAAUCCGAGAACUCAAACCGAAUAUGAAUCUAGUUUCACCUUCAAAAUAUUUCUUUUUGAGUUUGUUAAUUUUUACUCUUCGUUAAUCUACAUCGCAUUCUUCAAGGGAAGAUUUUAUGUACAUCCCGGUGAUCAAGAUGCCAGAUCAUCUGAAUUCUUUCGUAUAAAAACUGAUGUCUGUGAUCCAGCUGGUUGUCUCUCUGAAGUAUGUAUUCAAUUAGCUAUCAUAAUGAUUGGCAAACAGUGUUUCAAUAAUUUCGUUGAGAUUCUAUCACCGAAAUUUUGGAAUUGGUGGCGCAAAAGAUCUCACGUUGCUGCUACGAAAGAUCAUGAUAGACGAUAUACUUCUUGGGAAAGAGAUUAUCAGUUGCAAGAUCCUGGAAGACUAGCUCUUUUCGAUGAGUAUUUAGAAAUGAUUCUUCAGUAUGGUUUCGUAACUCUCUUCGUAGCAGCAUUUCCAUUAGCACCAUUAUUCGCUUUAUUAAAUAAUAUUGCCGAAAUAAGAUUGGACGCUUACAAGAUGGUGAAAGAAGCACGAAGACCUCUCGCAGAAAGGGUGGCAGAUAUCGGUGCUUGGCACGGUAUUCUUCGUGGUGUCACUUACGUUGCUGUAGUGUCAAACGCAUUUGUAAUCGCUUAUACCUCAGACUUCAUUCCACGAAGCGUCUACGCAUUUGUUUAUUCCCCAACGGACGAUUUAGUUGGUUACAUCGACAGCUCUCUCUCUGAAUUUAAUACAUCUGAUUAUCGUGACGACAUGAAGAGUGAUGCCGAUGCUCAACAUCCAGAAACAUGCCAAUAUAGGGGAUACAGAAAUGGACCUGAUCACGAAUCAGAUCCUUAUGGAUUGAGUCCACAAUAUUGGCAUGUCUUUGCAGCUCGAUUAGCUUUCGUAGUUGUUUUUGAACAUGUUGUUUUUGCAUUAACUGGGAUCAUGAGUUACGUUAUACCAGCUGUACCACGUGCCUUGGCAACUCAACUUCAACGAGAACGUUUGUUAGCUCAAGAAGCUAAGUAUGAAAAAGGAUUGAAGGGUAGAGAGGACGAAGAAGAAAUACUUUCAGUAUUAAGAGAAACUGGAAGUAUAGGUAGACCUGGUGUUGGUGGUGCUGGUGCUGGUGGUCGAGGUAGUUGGGCAAGACGUUUCAGUAAAUUGAGCGAUGGUCUGGACGCCCACGUCGAAGUUGGUUCAAGGAUGCACAGAUACAGUGACAGUUCAACCGUUUGGGAAGUCACUUAAAUAAUUUACAUUAAAAAAUUCCUUUUUUUUUCUCUUAAAAAUAUCAUCGAUUUCGUUCAUUCGGAAAUCUUAUUUAAAGAUUAUCAAUCGUGAUUUACAUUAUGUUAAUUUUUGUAUAUACUAUAUAUAGUAAU